AGUUGGCAAUCAGAAGACUUGACACUGAAACCUAUCUUGGUCAAUGGGGAUUUUGUUUGUGGCUUCCACUGCAAAGUUGAAGAAAACAACACCUGCCUCUUUGCUAUCUCCAUCUUCAAUUUCACUUCCAUCUCUUACAUGAAUUCACAAAUCGUAUGGUCGGCUAAUCGAAACAAUCCAGUUGAACGUGGGGCACAAUUGCAACUUUCCCAACAAGGGGAUUUAACGCUGCAAAAUGUUGAUGGCACUCUGAUUUGGUCUACAAACACAACAAGUAAAUCUCUUUCGGGUUUGAAGUUAACUGAUCAGGGUAACCUUAUGCUGUUUGAUGGAAACAAUGAGAUGGUUUGGCAGUCUUUUGAUCAUCCAACAGACUCUUUAGUUCUCGGACAGAGAUUGGUUUCUGGGCAAAAAUUGGUGGCAAGUAUGUCUGACACAAAUGGGAGUGAGGGUUUAUAUUCAUUUUCAAUUGAUAAUAAUGGUUAUUUUGUUGCUUCUGCGGACUUAGAUGUUACCAUAGUGUAUUACAAAUCCAACAAGUCUCAAUUAAGUAGCCAAACGGGGCAGUUUUAUGCUGAGCUCACUAACACAAGUUUCGGUAUUGGUCUUUCACCAAAAUCUGGAGUUCGUUUUAUACAAUUAGGCUCUGAUGGGCACUUUUGGCCCUACAAUGGAGUAGUGGAUUGGCAAACGAAUGAUUUGUUUGAGAACCAAGUCCAUGAAUGUGAUUAUCCACUGGCAUGCGGAAAUUACGGAAUUUGUUCGACGCAAGGAUGCAGUUGCCCAACUUACUUCAGGCAGAUAGAGUCUUUUCAUUCAGGUUAUUUUCAUUCCCAGCGUUAUACAUGUUCUCCAUAUAUUCCAAUAUCGUGUGAAUUUACUUACCAGCAGAGUCUUAUUGAGCUUAAGAAUGUUGAUUAUGUUCCCGGAGUUAAUUAUCACAUAACAGACACCGAGGGCUGCAAGCAAGCCUGUUUAGAGAACUGUUCUUGCAAGUAUGUUGUUUUCCAACAUAAUAGUAAUUUCUCAUCAUCUGGAAGCUCAAGUGUGAAGCCUUUCUUCUCUUACACUAACAUCAUCUCAGACUCUAGUUGGAAAUCAGAAGAGUUGAUACUGGAACCCAUCUUUGUCAAUGGGAAUUUUGUUUGUGGCUUCCACUGCAAAUCAAAAGAAAACAACACUUGCCUCUUUGCUAUCUCCAUCUUCCACUUCUCUUCCAGUGAUUAUCCAAAUUUAAAGAUGGUAAAUCUGUUUCCGUAUUGAAGUUAACUGAUCAAGGUAACCUUAUGCUGUUUGAUGGAAACAAUAACACAGUUUGGCAGUCUUUUGAACAUCCAACAGACUGUUUAGUUUUCGGUCAGAGUCUAGUUUCUGGGCAGAAAUUGAAGGCAAAUUUCUCAGCCAUAGAAUGGAGGGAGGGUUUAUAUUCAUUCUUAAUUGAUAAUCUUGGUUUUUUGGUUGCUUCUGCGAGGUCAGAUCCUAA